GGCGGGAGCCGAGUUCAGAGCGAGGCGUCUUGGGCGCGCCUGCGCAGCGGCUGGCGGCGUGCGCGAGGCCGGCCCCGCCUCCACCCUUUGAGCGAUGGCGACCCGGGAGGUGGCGGAGGAGCCGGCGGAGGAGCGGGUGAUCGGCGAGGAGUACCGCGUGUGGAAGAAGAACACGCCUUUCCUCUACGACCUGGUCAUGACCCACGCGCUGGAGUGGCCCAGCCUCACCGUGCAGUGGCUGCCUGACGUCACCAGGCCAGAAGGAAAAGACCAUGCCCUUCACUGGCUAGUGCUGGGAACACACACCUCAGAUGAGCAGAACCAUUUGGUGGUUGCAAGAGUCCAGAUUCCUAAUGAUGAUCAGUUUGAUGUCUCUCAGUAUGAUAGUGAGAAGGGAGAAUUUGGCGGUUUUGGAUCAGUAACAGGCAAAAUUGAAACUGAAAUAAAGAUUAACCAUGAAGGUGAAGUAAAUCGUGCUCGCUACAUGCCCCAGAACCCAUGCAUCAUUGCUACAAAAACACCAACUGCAGAUGUGCUGGUCUUUGAUUAUACUAAACAUCCCUCUAAGCCAGACCCAAGUGGAGAGUGUAAUCCUGACCUGAGGUUAAGGGGACAUCAGAAAGAAGGAUACGGCUUAUCGUGGAACUCCAAUUUGAGUGGGCACCUUCUCAGUGCAUCUGAUGACCAUACUGUCUGCUUAUGGGAUAUAAGUGCAGGACCAACGGAAGGCAAAGUUGUUGAUGCAAAAGCAGUCUUUACCGGACAUUCUGCGGUAGUAGAAGAUGUGGCAUGGCAUCUGCUCCAUGAAUCUUUAUUUGGAUCUGUUGCUGAUGAUCAGAAACUUAUGAUUUGGGACACGAGGUCCAAUACUACAUCCAAGCCAAGUCAUUCUGUAGAUGCCCAUACUGCUGAGGUCAACUGCCUGUCCUUCAAUCCUUACAGCGAGUUCAUUCUAGCAACGGGUUCUGCUGACAAGACUGUUGCCUUGUGGGAUCUACGAAACCUUAAAUUAAAACUCCACUCUUUUGAGUCUCAUAAAGAUGAAAUCUUUCAGGUUCACUGGUCUCCUCAUAAUGAAACAAUUCUUGCUUCCAGUGGUACUGAUCGUCGGCUUAAUGUAUGGGAUCUAAGUAAAAUUGGAGAAGAGCAGUCUGCAGAGGAUGCUGAAGAUGGGCCUCCUGAACUUUUGUUCAUUCAUGGAGGACACACUGCCAAGAUUUCAGAUUUUAGUUGGAAUCCUAAUGAACCUUGGGUAAUUUGCUCUGUAUCUGAGGAUAACAUAAUGCAAGUAUGGCAAAUGGCUGAAAACAUAUACAAUGAUGAAGAAACAGACAUAGCAGCAGCAGAACUGGAGGGCCAAGGAACGUAAUAUUUUUUGAUAAG